CGGGGGCGGUGCGGAGCGAGGCGGCACCGGACGGGAGCGACGGACGGAGCCGGGGCCCGACCCCGCCGCGGGGCCGCCGCCAUGGCCGAACCCGGCCCCGAAGACCCGCUCCCGAGCCUGAAGGCGGAGACGCAGCCCCCCGAGAAGCGCCGCCGGACGAUCGAGGACUUCAACAAGUUCUGCAGCUUCGUCCUGGCCUACGCCGGGUACAUCCCGGCAGCCGCCGAGGAGAGCGGCUGGCCGUCCUCGGGGCCCAGCUCCCCGCUGGGGCCGGGCCGGGCAGAGGGGGGGGAGGGCUGGGGCUCGGCCCCCGCUGCCCUGCGCACCAUCGAGACCUUCGUCCGCAAGGCCAAGUCCUCCAAGAAGCGAGGGCUGGGGCGCCUGGCCCCCCCCGAGAGCGCCCUGCUCGACAAGAUGCGCCUGAAGGACUCCCUCUUCGACCUGCCGCCCCCCCCCGGCGCCCCCCCCGCGCCCCCCCCGGCGGCGGGAGCGGCGCAGCCGGCGGGGGGACCCGGGGGGACCCCGGGGGGGCCGGGGGGAGCCCCGGUCCCGCAUCAAGAAGAGCAAGAAGCGGCGGUGGAAGAAGGGGGAGCGGGAGGGGGCCAAGGCCUCCCCCAGCGAGACGGACUCGGAGGAGGAGCCCGCGUCCCCCCCGCCCCCCCCCGCCGCCUCCCGAGGCGGGGGCCGAGCCCCGGGAAGCGGGGGGGGGGCAAGCUGGGGGGGGGGGGGGGGGGCAAGGAGGGCGGCAGCACCGAGACCAGCCGGGAUGGGGACGGGGACGGCAGCUCCAGCGAGGGCGAGAUGCGGGUGAUGGACGAGGACAUCAUGGUGGAGUCAGGCGACGACUCCUGGGACCUGAUCACCUGCUACUGCCAGAAGCCCUUCGCGGGGCGGCCGAUGAUCGAGUGCAGCCAGUGCGGGACCUGGAUCCACCUCUCCUGCGCCAAGGUCAAGAAGAACAACGUCCCCGACGUCUUCUACUGCCAGAAGUGCAGGGAGGGGCCCCGCCGCGCCCCCCCCGCCGCCCCCCGACCCGGGGGGGACGCCUAGCGACCCCCGACCCGGGGGGGUGAGGCACACACACACACACCCCCUCCCCGUCCCCAUCCACACAGACCUGGGGGGGGGGGGGGGUGUUGGGGGGGGCCUCAGGGAUGGGACUCAGGAGGUUUGGGGGUCCCUCACCCCCGGGGUUGGGGGGGGGGGGCUUGGGGGUCCCUUACCCAAGGCCACAAGGUUUGGGGGAUCCUCAUCCCCCCGGAUGGGGGGGGUUGGGGGGACCCUCCCCCCGGUACAGGGAGGGGGUUGUGGUCCCGUAACCCAGGUCACGAGGUUUGGGGGAGCCUCAUGUGUUUCCCCCCCCCCCCCCGAGGACAGGGGGAGUUUGGGGGGACCCUCACCCCCAGAACAGAUUUGGGGGGCCCUCACCUAGGCCACACGGUUUUGGGGGAGCCUUGCUGCCCCCUCCCCAGGAUAGGGGAGAUGUGGGGGGGGACCCUUGUCCUGCGGGGGUCCUGGGACUCAGGAGGUUUGGGGGAUCCCUCACCCCAGACCACGAAGUUUGGAGGGACCCUCACCCUGCCCCCCCCCCACAGGACAGAGGAGGUUUGGGGGGGACCCUCACCCCCAGGCCAUGAGGUUUAGGGGGGGACCCCCCACCCCCCCGGGGGGGGCUCCCAGGACUCAGGGGGUUUGGGGAGCCCCAGGCAGUGGGGGUGUCCUUGCCAUGGGAUGUUUUGGGGGACCCCUGCCCCAGGACAGAGGUUUGGGCCCCCCCCCCCCCAGGUGUACAGUCAGGCUGUAAAUAGAGGGGGGAAGCGGUUUUUCAUGUGUGUUAUUUUUUUAAACUUUUAUUUCCCCACACCCUGCUUUUUCGGGGGGGGGGGGUUGCCCCUCCCUUCCCCUCCCCCGCGGUUUGGGGGUGUCGGGGUGGUUGGAGCAUCCCGGGGGGGGGGGGGGGGCACCCGCAAAACGGGCCGGGUCUGUCCCGGGGCCCCCCCCCCCCCCGGGGGGGGGGGGGGGGGGGGAGGAUCCCCCAAACCCCGCCCCUCCCCCCCCCCUUGUUUUAAGAAUAAUAUUUUGGAGUUCGCGUGGGGGCUGCAGCCCCCCUCUGUAAAUAAACGGCGCCGCGGCCUUCGUA